AUGGCACGCAAAGUCCAAGCUGCAGCUGUCCACGCCGCUCCGGUGUUUAUGGAUAAGGCUGCUACCCUCACCAAGGUAGUUCAGCUCAUAAAGUACGCCAAAGCGCAAGAUAUCAAACUUCUCGCGUUUCCAGAGACAUUCGUCCCAGGCUACCCUUACUUUAUCGAGUGCUAUCCGCCGAUAAAACAGGUUGGUGCGCUCGUUGCCUAUGGAGAGCAGAGUGUGGUUGUGAAAGACGACCUCCACGAGGUGCAGGCAGCUUGCCGUGAAGCGGAGAUAUCUAUCUGUCUGGGCAUCUCUGAGCGCGUUCCUAAUGGAUACACGCUUUUCAACAGCCAAGUAUACAUCGAUGCUAAAGGCGAUAUCAAGGGAGUACAUCGCAAAUUACAACCGACAUACGUGGAGCGCAUGGUCUGGGCCCAAGGCGGAGGACACACUUUGCGAACUUAUGAUUCGCUUGGCGACUUCAAGAUCGGCGGCUUAUGCUGCUGGGAAAAUACGAUGCCCCUUGCGCGACAAGCACUCACACUCGAUGGCGAAGAAAUCCAUGUUGGCGCGUGGCCCGCUUUGAACACAAUGGCAGGCUUCGAGAGUUCUGCCAACGCGCAAAUUGAGGCCCUGAUGAAAAGUCAUGCCCUAACGGGCCAGACUUUUGUUAUUUGCUCCUCUAAUUAUGUGGACGAUUCAUGCUUGAAUUGGAUGAAGGAGAAUCUUGGUGAGCAGGACAGCGUUAAAGCUGGGGGAGGUUGGUCCGCUAUCAUUCACCCCUUCUGCAGUUUUCUUGCUGGACCUCAUGAGGGAGCUGUCGAGAAGCUUGUGAGCGCUGAACUAAAUUUAGCAGACUUGGCUCAGGUUAAAGUGUUCAUAGACUUGAGCGGCCAUUACAGGCGACCGGAGGUUUUCGACUUCCGAGUGAAACGAAGGCCACUUUGGGCUGACGACAUGGAUUGUGCUGUGUGGCCUUCUAAGGAAGGUGACCAGAUGAAGCAUAAAACAGAAACUGUCUAUGAUGAUGAGGAUACGAAGAUAUAA